CGGUGGCGGAGGCGGGGCUAAGAGCGCAAGGACUCGCCCCGCGGCCCGGCCGGGGCUGGAGCUGAGUAGGAGCUGCUGCCGGAGGCGCAGCCAGGGCUGCUGGGAGACGGAGCUGGAGGGCAAGCUCUGCCGGAGCCGAGCCGAGCCGAGCCGAGCUCACCGCCUGGCACCGGUCGGAGCUAGAACCGGCGUGUCAGCCGCAGGGCCUGGUCACUGUUGGAGGCAGCGAGCCGCAACCAUUGGCGCGGGAGCCUGGAUCACCCCUGCCAGGCCUGGGCACGGCCUGAACACGCAGGAGAUCCCGGGAUCUGGACCGAAGAGGCAAAGGAACGAGGAUUCCAUCUAAGCAUAGCGUGGGCACGGGGCGGGGAGAAGAGUGAAGACUUCACCAGGAACUGGGCAGAGGUGCCAGAGCUUACUAGGCCAGGCUUGAGCACCAGAGAGCCUGGCAUCGCAGCAGGCACGACCUGGGCUCUGCCCUUCCAGAGUCGGGAACACAGCAUAGCUCCUGGACCUCGGCUGGCACAGGCCUGGCACAAGAAGCAGUUUUCUCACCUGUCUGAGAGGAGGGCUGGGAUCUGAGGAACCAGGAUCUCGCCUGGCCCUAAGGGGGGCUCUCUGGUGGCCUACAGCUGGCCACUGGGGAGCUGGCCUCCUGCCCCAGCCCCACUGGUACGGAUGUGCCACUGUCCUCUGGAGCAUCAUGACAGCAGGAUGACCUCUGCUGAGGCAGGGGCAGUGACUGGAGGUGCUCGGGUGGCUGGAUACCCCGAGUGGCACCCUACUAUUCCCCAGGCCCUUGGGCAGCCUGGCCGGGUCCGGGUGGCCAUAGCAGCACUGGUGUGGCUGCUGGCAGGAGCCAGCAUGUCCAGCCUCAACAAAUGGAUUUUCACAGUUCAUGGCUUUGGGCGGCCCCUGCUGCUCUCAGCGCUGCACAUGCUGGCAGCAGCACUGGCAUGCCACCGGGGGGCACGGCGGCCCAUGCCCAGUGGUACCCGUCGCCAGGUGCUACUGCUCAGCCUUACGUUCGGCACCUCGAUGGCCUGUGGCAACGUGGGCCUGAGUGCUGUGCCCCUGGACCUGGCACAGCUGGCCACCACUACCACGCCACUGAUCACGCUGGCCCUGUCAGCACUGCUGCUUGGCCGUCGCCACCACCCGCUGCAGUUUGCCGCCAUGGGCCCACUCUGCCUGGGGGCUGCCUGCAGCCUGGCCGGCGAGCUCCGGACACCUCCCGCUGGCUGUGGCUUCCUGCUGGUGGCCACCUGCCUCCGUGGCCUCAAGUCCGUUCAGCAGAGUGCGCUGCUGCAAGAAGAGAGGCUGGACGCGGUGACCCUGCUGUAUGCCACCUCGCUACCCAGCUUCUGCCUGCUGGCAGGUGCGGCCCUGGUGCUGGAGGCUGGUGUGGCACUGCCUCCUGCUCCCACCGACUCCCGCCUCUGGGUCUGCAUCCUGCUCAGCUGCCUCCUGUCCGUGCUCUACAACCUGGCCAGCUUCUCCCUCCUGGCCCUCACCUCUGCCCUCACCGUUCACGUCCUGGGCAACCUCACUGUUGUGGGCAACCUCGUCCUGUCCCGGAUCCUGUUUGGCAGUCGCCUCAGUGCCCUCAGCUACGUGGGCAUUGCACUCACCCUUUUAGGAAUGUUCCUUUACCACAACUGUGAGUUUGUGGCCGCCUGGGCUGCCCAUCGCGGCUUCUGGAAGAGGGGCCAGCCUGGCAAGGGUCUUUGAGACCUGGGAGAGUGCACGGGCCAUCCGGAACAGCCCCAGCCUGAACCCAGUCUUGGCCAGUGGCUGUGGGAAAAGUGGAGAGCAGGCAGCUGCUGGAACCGUGGGAGGGAGAGGUGCCUUCCGGAAGGGCCACCUUGGAGGCUGGAAUGGGGCCUCCCAGAGAGACUCACCUGUCCCUGCCUACCUCUCCUCCUCACAGACCCCACUCACCACUGGAUGGUGGGUCCAAGCCUGGCACAGUGGCUGUGCUUGUCAGAUUAAUUAUUAUUAAUAUCAACUACUACCCCGAAAAUUGCUGGCCAAACUUUGAGAACCUCACCAUGUUCUGAUGACAACGAUGAUGAUUCUUGGUAGUUGCACAAUCCUUCCUCCAGGUAGUGGGGGAGGCAGCUAGGGGGCCCAGGGAGGGGCUUCUUUGCUGCUGGGCUCCCCUGAGGAGGUGGGGUCAUCUGUGCCAACUCCCGGUAGCUGCUGUGGCCUCACCCACGGGCACCCCAAUUUGGGGUCUUCUGUCCUCAAAUAAACUAUUUUUGUUUGUA